AUGUAUUUGUAUGGCGUGCACAUCUCGCUGAUUCUCUGUUUUGGUUUUAUUUGUUGUUGUAUGCUGCUCGGCAGGGGAAGGGAGAAAAAAGAAAAACAAAGAGCAGAAACAUUUUGGUUGUCCUGUUGGUCGCAUUAUUCGAUGCAUGUGUGUGUGUGUGUGUGUGUGUGGUCUUCCGUCUCCCCUCACUUCCUCACGCAUGCAUUUAUUAUUAUUAUUAUUAUUAUUAUUAUUAUUAUUAUUAUUAUUAUUAUUAUUAUUAUUAUUAUUAUUAUUAUUAUUAUUAUUAUUAUGGUGCACCUGUGUGUUAUUUGUCAUGUGCAUUUAUUAUCUUCGAUCCGUCCACUAUUAUUUCCUUUCUCGUUUUGCGUUAUUUGUACACUAAAAGUUGCUAUUGCUCUAGCAAUUGUGUAUUAA